AAUUUUAUCGCGUACUAGGCCAACAAUGAAAUGUAAUAAUAAGAAAUAUUAAUGUAAUGCAGAGGAAUUUGGAAUAACAUAACUGUCUUUAUUCACACAUCAAUUUAAAAGACUCACUAACAUAAAGAAAAACACUCACGGACGUUGCUUUCUUUCUUACAAUACGAGCACAAAGCGAAGCGACAAUUUUACACGCGACUUCUCUGCCUUCCUAGAAGGAGCUUCGUGAUCCUGCCGAUGGAGGAUAGCGAGAAUCGGUCGCCGGUGUUUCACCAGGAGGACAGCUUGGGCCUGGCGUCGUGGUGCGUUCAACCGCUCUACGUGUACACGUAUCGCCGGCUGCUGGAGUAUCGGCGGACGCGCCAUCAGCGGCGUGAGGAACCCAGCACCGUGGCGAGAUGGCUGCUAGGCGCCCUGCUGCUCAAUCCGAGCGUGACCAUGUUCUGGAACAUGCGGCGGGAGCUGGUGCGCGCCGGCAGGUUGGACCCGCGCGACGAGCUCUCCUUCACCCGACCGGUGCUCUAUCACACGCCAAAGUGCUUCGAGGCUUUCUCAUAUCGGAGCUGGCUGAUACCGUUCGUCCUGGACGCCGAGCGACGGACCGACGUCGCCGAGGCGCUCGCCAACGACGAGCUCGAGCUCGUGCAGACCUGCGCCGAUCGCUACGCGAACAACUACCACGCGUGGAGCUAUCGGCGCCACUUGGUCACCCUGUUCGAGUCCCGCGGUCUACGACGUCUCAGCUUUGACACCGAGUGGAUAAACACGCUCACCUGGUGCCGGCAACACGUGUCCGACCAUAGCGCGUAUUCCUAUCGGCAGUUUCUGCUGCGAAAGUACAUCCUGGCCGUGGUCUCCUCGGGCAGGGAAACGUACGACAACUCCGGCUAUUGCGGGCAGGACGGACCGUUCUUCUACAUGGGCCGUCACGACCUCGACGACGACGAACGGACGUUGCUGGAACGUAUUCGCGAGGUCGCCGCGCGAGGUCUGGAGCGCGAUCACGGUUACUCGACCACCGACGUCCGCAAACUCAGGUGUUACUUAAGGGCGUUGUCGUACUGGACGGAGGAGUGCUUGUUCAACGAGCAGUACAUCACUCUGCACGACAAUCACGAGACGUUGUGGUGCCACCGCAGGUUCCUGGCGUAUCUGAUCGCCGUUCUCACCACCGCGUACGCGAAACACGCCUGUUACCGCGAGGACGAUUUCUGGGACGCUCGGUGCCACGACGAGCCGUCGCUCGCGCCGCUCCUUCGCGACAGACGUUUCACCGCCGACGACGACCUGCUAAUGGCGGCUCACGUGAUGCUCGUCAAGUCCUUUUGCUCCGCCAAUGUCGGUAUUAUUGAGACGGCGGUCAAGCGGCCGCAGGAAAAAGUGUUCAUCGAGAGAUUUUGCAAGUAUCUCGAGAGAAUAGGCUUGCGAUGAUUAGGAUUCGCGCGCGAGAUUUUCAGCUUGACGAAGGCGCGAUAAGCUGAUCGCAAGGUUUUGCUUGUCAGGGUAAUAAGCGUGGGAAUCGCGCAUUAAUGCUCGCGCAAUAUGUUCGUUGCAACAUAAUUUCUCUCUUUUUCUCCUCUCUCUAUCUCUCUCUUUUUUGUGAUUUCGUCCAAGUCGCGUUAAGACAUAUUCAUGUAUACGCUAUUAUUCAAUGGCAUACGUGGCCGUUCAUUUUGAAAUAGCUGCAAAAAUGGUUUGUUUUUUAAGGCUUUUGGUAUUCUUCAAAUAUUUUUAAGACGUUUGAUUGUGUUUUCAUCCAUUAUUUUCUAAUUUUUUAUUUUAUUUAUAUAUAU